AUAUCCCUACCGAACCCUAAACUGCUGACACCCUCGAACCGCUGACUAGACGGUCCGAGGUAGAGACUUGAUAGGAGACCGGAGAACGGUCAGUAGUCAGUGAACUGUGUUAGAGUACGGGUGCGGCUGCCGGGAUUACUCUGAGUGUCAUUAUCCAUAUUAUUCAAUAUCCAAUAAAUAGUUGUGUCCUAAGAAUUUUCCUUUUUUAAAACGACCUCAGAGAGAAUUCCCAUAACAGAUUGGUGGCAGCGGUGGGAUCCGAAAAUCGCCAGUUCGCGCAUCCCAAAAACAUAAAAACUGAAACUUUAUAAACUGUGCCGUGCCCGGUGAAAAGUGAACAAAACUUCAAGUGCUAACAGUUCAUCAAAUCCACUCGAAGAAGAAAAUCUAAUUCAAAGAAGAAGACCACAAUCUCAACAUCCAAAUCCAAGAACGCCCAAACUUUAGUGCAGAAAUUUGAAUAUCCAUCUGCAAAUAAAAAUCAUCGAAAUACGACAUCCACGUCCAGACGUCGCCUUAUCGGUCCGGAAUGCACCGAGUUGCAGUUUUGAGCUGCGUUAUCUUAAACCUCAUGUCAGCUAAGAGUCAAAUCCAACAAGAAUUUGUACAACAAAUCAAUGCAAGCUCCGGACUAUAUUUGGACAGUUUGGGUCAAAUCAAAAUAUCCAGCGGCCAACUUAAUAUACUUAUACCAUUAGAUAUAUCACAUUUCAAACCAUACUUAGAAAAUAUCGAAAAUGCUAUCAAUAAAGCACGAGCGCUGUGUCUCGAGACUAACGUCAUAGAAAAUUUGGAAUGUCAUAGUAUAACUCAACCCUUAGUAAUACGAUAUCACGAUAUUAUCCGUCAAUUCACAUCCAUAUCUGAGUUGUUAGAUACUAAAGCAAAACGUAGUGCUUGGUUCGGAGGAGUCGGGACAGUAAUUAAACACAUAUUCGGAAACUUGGACGAGACCGAUGGCCUUAGAUACGAUGAAGCAAUUGAUGCAAUACAAUAUGAUCAAAACAAAGUAGCUACAUUAAUUAAGGAAAAUGUUAUGGUUACUACUUCAGUCAUCUCGUCGUACAAUAAAACAAUUAAUAAUAUUAAAAUUAAUGAAGCUAAUUUGAACACCGCUAUUAAUAAUUUGUCAGAACAUGUUAAGAAUAUUUCUAGUGCAUCUAACGAAUUGUAUAUCCUAUCAUCCGCUAACCAAGUCAUACAUUAUUUAGAAACCAAUAUUCUUGCCAUAUCUUUUCAACUCGAAGACAUAAUAAAUGCUAUCUUAUUCAGCAGUCAAAAUAUACUUCAUCCUUCAAUAAUAACACCACGACAAUUGUUCCAUGAACUCGCCAACAAUGUUCGACUCUUGGAUGAUGAUAAACAAUUCCCCGUACCUUUAGAGAUAAGCUCGAUGCACGUUAUUAUGAAUGUUUCUAAUGUAGUUAGUUAUUUUAGUAAGAAUAGAAUAAUUUUUGUCUUAAGAAUUCCUUUAGUAUGUCCUAUUGUGUAUAAUUUAUAUCAUGCUUUAGCAUUACCAACGCCACAUGAGGCUCAAAAUCCAAGAAUGUAUUCUAUGUUAAUACCAAGUAGCAAAUAUAUAGCAAUGACCAGAGACAAAACACGUUACUGCACUUUGGACGACCUAAAUGUAUGUAAAAUAUUGCAUACCGAACUUUACAUCUGUGACAUAGUGACCAUAUAUCCGACGAGCAUCAACCCUAGCUGUGAAGUGGAACUGAUGAUAAAAGUGACCAGUGAUUUACCAGUGCAGUGCAAUAACAAAUUCAUUUACGGAAGUGUUAAUGUUUGGCAAACGAUUUCUAAUAACCGAUGGAUCUUCGUGCAAUCCAAUCUAACUAAAGUAAGCGUUGAUUGUCCCAAAUCUGAAUUGUAUGAAUUUAACAUCAUAGGAACUGGUAUAUUAAACAUCCCUCACGGAUGUACCGGUUAUACUAAGGACAUUAAGUUUAUAUCUAAAUAUGUUAAUAACAUAACAAUUACAGAAUAUACUUUAGAUUUUAACAUAAAUAAUAAGUCAUGUUGUAAUACUAAUAAGAUUAAGAACUUUAUAGAUAGUGUAUCCCCUACUCCUGUGGUUUUAAAGAACAUUGAUUUAGAUGACCUAUCCUUAAAAAAUAAUGAGAUGAUCCUCGAUUCCAUAUUAAGUGGUGCCGAUGACGUCAUUCAUACGCCACACAUAGUUAAGUACGGAAUACAUUACUCUACAGUGACUAUCCUUUUACUUAUAUGUCUAUUUAGUUAUUUAGCUUUUAAGUUGUAUGUAAAAUGUAAACCUGGCAGCACACCUAAAGAUAUAGAUCUUUUCAAACGCAUGAGAUUUAAAAGUAAGCCCGCUACUAUAGAAGAAGUUGAAUAUGCUGAUAUCCCUGAGGUAGCCCCAGCUUCUGUCAGACGUCACUUAUAAAAUAAACUUCGGACUCUUUCCCGAAGUUUAUUAAAUAUGGGGGGAACUGUUAUAUAUCCCUACCGAACCCUAAACUGCUGACACCCUCGAACCGCUGACUAGACGGUCCGAGGUAGAGACUUGAUAGGAGACCGGAGAACGGUCAGUAGUCAGUGAACUGUGUUAGAGUACGGGUGCGGCUGCCGGGAUUACUCUGAGUGUCAUUAUCCAUAUUAUUCAAUAUCCAAUAAAUAGUUGUGUCCUAAGAAUUUUCCUUUUUUAAAACGACCU